CGCGCACACAAGCCAGGAUGUCGCCAGGCCCUGACCCAAAUGGUCUCUGACCCGGAAGUGCUCCUUCUCUCUCGGACCGGCCCGGGAAGAUGGCGGCGGCGGCCGGGGCUGCUCCGGCCAGUGACGUGGUGGAGGCUGAGGCCCCUCUUAGCAAAAAGUGACGGUCUCUAGAGCCGAGCGCUCGCGCCGGCGCCAUGCUGAACCCAGCGGCCGCUCGGCUCCUUCGGGGCCGCUUUGGCUGGGCCUGGCGGGCUCGGCCUCCCCGCGCCGCCUGCCCCGCUCUCCGAAGGCUCCAGGCACUUCAUGACCAAAGAAGUGAGCUGAAGAGACGUUUGAAGGCCGAGAGAAAAGUAGCUGACAAAGAGGCAAAGCAAAAAGAGCAAAGUGAGAAGCAUCUGAGCAAAUCUGCCUUGACCCUGGGAUCUGAGAACGGCAAUGGAGCUGAUGAGGAAAGCCUGGACCCCAAUCAAUAUUACAAGAUCCGCAGUCAGGCAAUCCAGCAGCUGAAAGGAACCAAUGAAGAUCCUUACCCACACAAGUUCCACGUAAGCCUUUCCCUCACAGACUUCAUAGAGAGGUACAGCCACCUGCAGGCAGGAGAUCACCUGAGAGACAUUACAGUGAGAGUGGCAGGUCGAAUCCAUGCAAAACGUGCCUCUGGAGGGAAACUGAUCUUCUAUGAUCUCCGUGGAGAGGGAGUCAAAUUGCAAGUUAUGGCAAACUCCAGGAACUACAAAUCAGAGGAAGAAUAUAUCCACAUUAACAACAAGCUGCGUCGGGGGGACAUUAUUGGAGUUCAAGGGAGUCCUGGAAAGACAAAGAAAGGGGAGCUGAGCAUUAUUCCCUGGGAAAUCUCUCUGCUUUCUCCAUGCCUGCACAUGUUGCCCCACCUUCACUUUGGGCUCAAAGACAAGGAAACUAGAUUUCGUCAAAGAUACUUGGAUUUAAUUCUGAAUGACUAUGUGAGACAGAAGUUUAUAAUCCGUGCGAAGAUCAUCACAUACCUCCGGAGCUUCCUGGAUGAGUUGGGCUUUCUUGAGAUUGAAACUCCCAUGAUGAAUAUUAUUCCAGGCGGAGCUGUGGCUAAACCUUUCAUUACACAUCACAAUGAACUGGACAUGAAGUUGUACAUGAGAAUUGCGCCAGAACUCUAUCACAAGAUGUUGGUGGUUGGAGGCAUGGACAGGGUAUACGAAAUUGGGCGCCAGUUCCGGAAUGAAGGAAUUGAUUUGACUCAUAAUCCUGAAUUCACAACCUGUGAGUUUUACAUGGCUUAUGCAGACUAUCAUGACCUGAUGGAGAUCACAGAAAAGCUGCUUUCAGGAAUGGUGAAGCACAUUACUGGAAGUUACAAGGUCACUUAUCACCCAGAUGGUCCUGAUGGCCAUGCCUGUGAGAUAGAUUUCACCCCACCCUUCCGGAAAAUCAGCAUGGUGUGUGAACUGGAGAGAAUCCUGGGAGUGAAACUUCCAGCAACGGAUCACUUUGAGACUGAAGAAACUCGCAAGUUCUUUGAUGCUAUUUGUGUGGAGAGAGGUGUUGAGUGUCCACCUCCCAGGACCACGGCCAGGCUUCUUGAUAAGCUUGUUGGUGAGUUUCUGGAAGUCACCUGUAUCAAUCCCACAUUCAUCUGUGAUCAUCCCCAAAUCAUGAGCCCUUUGGCCAAAUGGCAUCGCUCUCAGCAGGGACUGACAGAACGCUUUGAACUCUUUGUGAUGAAGAAGGAAAUAUGCAAUGCAUACACGGAGCUCAACGACCCCUUCCGGCAGCGGCAGUUUUUUGAAGAUCAGGCGAAGGCAAAAGCAGCAGGUGAUGAUGAAGCCAUGUUCAUCGAUGACAACUUUUGCACUGCAUUGGAAUAUGGACUUCCACCGACAGCUGGAUGGGGCAUGGGCAUCGAUCGGCUCACCAUGUUCCUUACAGACUCCAAUAAUAUUAAGGAAGUGCUGCUGUUUCCUGCUAUGAAACCUGAAGACAAUAAGAAGGAGGUCGAGCCCAGUCCUUCUGCUGAAGGCACCUCAGUGUGAGAGGCUGCUGAUCCUUGCCUAUGUCCGGUUGGGAGGAAGAUGUUUGCUUUGUCUUCAGUAAUGAAGGGUCAUGGCCAAAGGUUGCUCCUGCCUUGAAGAGACCAGUGAAAGUUGCUGUAUCAUGGUUCCUGUAAAUGAAUAAAAGACGGCACUAUCCUGCC